GCAAAUCAUAUAAUGGCUGAUGAACGUGGUCUUCUCCACGGCAAACAAACUGGCCCAUCUCAUUAUGGCGCUACCGAUAUCCCUAUUUCUGUUUCUCAGGAAGGAGGAACAUCAAAUACAGAGGGGCCUGAAGUAAUUUAUGUCCAUCCUCAAGGUUUUGAAUAUGCUAAAUACAAGUUACGUGAGCCUUUUGCUGAAACACUAGGCACUUUUAUCUUUGUCACAUUCGGUAUUGGUAGCAUUGCACAAGCUAAGCUCGGAGAGGGUUAUGGAAAUUGGAUUACGAUUUCACUCGGAUUUGGUCUCGGGUUAGCUUUGGCUCUUUUUGUUUCUGGGAGUGUAUCGGGGGGCCAUUUGAAUCCCGCUGUAACAAUUACUCUAGCUGUCCAUCGUUAUUUCCCGUGGAGUAAAGUUCCUAUUUAUAUCCUCGCUCAAGUCACUGGUGCCUUUUUAGCUGCUGCGGUAGUCUUCUUAAACUAUCAUGCUGCCAUCGUUCAAUUUAGUGGUGGUGAACUUAGUGUCCAAG